AUAGUGAUUCAUAUUCUAAGAACCACGUUUAUUAUAAACAUAGCCGUCUAAAAUGUCAAUAGGAUCAAUUCGUAUUAAUUCUUUUAAAAAGUUUAAAUUGAGAUUUUUAGAACAUAAUAAUUCAAAUACAGUAAAAAGGAAAACACUUAAUAAAGAAAUAGAUGACCAACCAAAGUAAUCAUAUAAAAAGAAGAAACCAUUUUCUAUUUCUUUAGCUUCAAGCAUCUCCACAUCACUUCAUUACCACUUGAUCAAUAGAACAAAAGAAGAAAUAUAAAAAACAGAACACAAUCACAAGCCUCUUUGUCAAUGGCUGCUCAAAUCCCCAUAGGGACACGAGGAACUAUUGGAUCGCUUGUACGUAAAGAAAUCGACCACUUCAAAAACUUCAAUACAUGUCCCCUGUACGAUCCACGGAGAGGCAAUUCUGAAGAAAACAGUAAUGGUUUUGAACAAAGAGAUCAUUCAUCACGUCUGAGUUCUUGGUUCUCUAGAACAAACUGGAGAAAGAAGAAGAAGAAGAAGCGGCAGAGUUGCGGUGGCGGUGGUAGGUUUUUGCCGAGUAUGUGCUCGGCGGUGGAGGUGUCCGGUGAGAAUCAGGUUCCCGGUUUCAAUUAUAGGAUCUUGAAGAAUGAUGAGAAGGGCUUGCGUGUGUAGAGUAUUGUUUAUGUGGAUUAAGACUAAAGUUAAUUCAAUCCGGUAUGGUCUGAUUCAAGAAUUCGGUUUGGGUUAUAUUCCCGGUUGGAAAGAAAUUCCGCUCAGUAAUUAGUAUAAAUAUGCUUGAGAAGGUGAGAAGUUUACAUGACAAACAUAAAGGAUGGAGGCAGAGAAAUGAGUGAACGUGCAUUUGUUGGUAGAUUGUCUUCAAUACAUAGUUUUGCUUCAACAAAUUGAUUUAUGUAGUGUCUAAUUGCUUAAAAUAGCAAACCUUUUGCAGCCGCAGAAUGUUUCAAAUGUUUCUCCUUAUCUACUAGCAUUACCAAUAUCCCUUACAUAUGAAGUAACCUUUAAAGGCUCCGGUGACCAGGUUCAGGAUUGGAGGAUUCUUUUGAACUUAGCUAGUAUAUCUUCAUGUAUGAACCAAACGGGAAUGUUGCAACUUCAUUUUCAUGCCAACUAUAUCAAAAGGGACGUAAUCAUCUUAGCUGCGUUUGACUGAAAUUAUUUUACUCCUUGGUUACAAUACAGUGCCUUGUAUUUAUUAAAUUUUCGGGUUGCUUUACUUACUAUCGAAUAGGUCUGGUUGAAGCAGUAUACUUGGAUAGGAACGUGAAGCUAUACUAAACUCGGUGGCUACACUAUCGCUCACAUAAAUUGUUUUGUCGAAAUUUUAAGUUGAUAUUCAAAGUAAAUUAAAAAUGUUAAAAGUUAUAAAUCGUGCUUGAAUUGUGCUUGCGUUUUAAAGGACUCUUGACUUCAUCGGUCAUAAAAUAUUUGGGGGACAUGUGAAGGAACAAGCAACCUACAGAAUGUCGAAAAGGUCGCAUCGUUCUCAAUCGUUGGAUCUUCAUUUUAUUCAUCUCUCUCUCUCUCUCUCUCUCUCUCUCUGCCAUCUGACCUGUGGGUUUUGCAUAUAUAUAAACAAGUAAUCUCUCUCUGAUUCUCAAGAGCGGAUUUGGGAAGUGUAAUCCAUCAUUACCGGAAAAGAUAGCACAAUACUCCGCGACGGGGAUGAAGAAUUGGUGGGACGAUGUUAACGAGUCAACUCAGUGGCAAGAUGGGAUCUUAUUCUCUCUUUGUGGAGCUUAUGCUCUUGUUUCCGCAUUCGCUCUUGUCCAAUUGGUGAGGAUCCAAAUGAGAACGCGUGAAUAUGGAUGGACCACUCAGAAGGUGUUUCAUCUUUUAAACUUUGUCGUCCAUGGAGUUCGUGCGGUUCUAUUUGGAUUUCACCAUCAAGUCUUUCUCAUGCAUCCCAAGGUGUUUUGCUGGAUAUUACUGGAUCUUCCGGGCCUCUUCUUUUUCUCGGCGUGCACACUGCUCCUUCUGUUCUGGGCACAGAUAUAUAUCACCAGGCAAGUAAACUGUCUAAAAAGAUUUUUACUUGAUGUGCGUAGACUCUCAAUUUAACCAACCACACACAAACUCUAAAUGUACAUUUUGUUGCCACUUAUGAGCAGGCAAGAAGCUUACCAACGGAUAAGCUGCGGAAAACCUAUAUUUCAGUCAACGUGGCUGUAUAUUUUGCUCAGGUUGUUAUUUGGGUAUGUAUCUGGGUAAAUGAUAACAGCACCGUGGAGUUUGUUGGAAAGAUAUUUAUGGCAGUUGUGUCUUUCAUCGCUGCAUUAGGCUUCUUGCACCAUGGAGGAAGAUUGUUUGUUAUGCUUAAAAGGUUCCCGAUUGAGUCAAAUGGAAGAAAAAAGAAGCUCCAUGAGGUUGGAUCUGUGACGGCCAUAUGCUUCACCUGCUUCCUCAUAAGAUGCAUUGUGGUGGGUGUAUCAGCUUUUGACAGGGAUUUGAGGCUGGAUGUUCAUAAUCGUCCGGUUCAGAUUUUAAUCUACUAUAUGAUAAGUAACUAAAACCUUUAUUGAUUUUCUUUACCAUAUCUCAAUCUGUGUUUCUGUAUAUUCACUAACUGGGAAAAAAACGAAACUACAAAGGUGGUUGAGACAAUUCCAUCGGCACUAGUCCUCCUCAUUCUGCGUAAGCUACCUCCAAAGAGAUCAUCAGCUUAAUACCAUCCCAUCCCGUAGACUUUUUUAUCUGAAGAUAAAUGGGGCAAAUAAAUCUUAUAAGUUUAUAACCGGAAUGCAUCAUAUAUGACACUUGCUUUUGUAAAAUUAUUGUUAUAUUUGUCGUGUUUUUAAGUUACAUGUUCUUUUGCUACUUCGAAUAUCUCUUCUGGUUUUUAUGAUUUGCUGGUGCGGAUGUUUGAUUGUUUAUGUUCUGUUUCGGUUCAACUUUGACAAUAAUACAAAUUGUUGUGUUUUAUCUC